UUUGUUUUCUGACGUAUCUUCCGGUUGAUGUAGCUAACACUUCCUGUGUAAAAGAAACCAGGGAAUCGACGACAGGAGAUAUCGUUCAGAAAGUUUCACGCUGAUGAGAACCUCAUAAAUUUAAUAUUUUGAAGGGGAAAACUGCGCUGAACGUCCACCAAGACGAGUCAUUCCUACGUGCCAAAUGAGUGGAGCGGCAUUCCCUUCCCCUACAGUAGAGAUGGCAGAGAUCAACUGCAUCCAGUAUGAUCUGGAGUACACCGAGGGGAUCAGCCAGAAGAUGCGCAUUCCGCAGAUGCUUAAAGUGGCUCCACAACAUCAUGAGGAGCCCAGAGUUGGAGUACAGGAUGUUCACCCCAGUGUCAUCAUGCAAGUGCCGGACCGAAUCGUGAUUUCUGGAGAUUCUGUGAAGCCAAAGUUCCCCAGAGACUUGGACCUUAUCCAGUCGACACCUCUGGAAACCCUGUCACUAAAAACCCCUCCCAGAGUCCUCACCCUGAACGAGCGGCCCCUGGACUUCAUGGAGGAGGAACAGAGGGCAGCUCCAGACAGCGAAGAGCUGACGCGACCACAGGGGCGUUUACGGCGGGAACGUUCAGCCAGCGAGAAUGCGGCUGUUCGUCUUAACAAUCAGCUGGUCAACAAUGACUCAGCUUCAGCUUCCCACCCCCCAGCCACUGUCCAACCAUGCCCCCCUCUCCCCGUGGCUGAGGAGCACAACCUGUACAGCGCUAGCGGUGUUCUGUCUUUCAUCCAGUCCACAACACGUCGGGCCUACCAGCAGGUCCUGGAGGUGUUGGAUGAGGAGGACCCACGCAGCAAACCUUCACUGCGAGGGGGCUCUCCUCUGAGCUCCAACCCCAUGCCUGAAUCCAGGCUGGCAUUAUCAACCUAUGAACCCGCUCUGGAAGGAACAGCUGAUGACCUGACAGUAGUGGAUGUAGCAACUCUCAGACGCCAGCUUCUCAAGUUGAACCGGAGACUCCAUCACUUGGAAGAGGAGAGCAAGGAGCGAGCAAAGCGGGAAAUGAUCAUGUGCUCCAUUAGCAUAGCGUUCUGGCUCAUUAACACAUGGGUGUGGCUGCGGCGUUAGAGCUAGCAUGUGUACCUGUCAUCACCACAACACAGCAACAGUAUGUCAGAUGAUAGCUUCACUCAGUCUCAUGUGAGGACCCCUGCUCCAGACCUGCUGCAUGCUGAUUUUGUUUAUUUAACACAUGUACAGUUUUAUUUUUUUAUGCAUAUUUUCUCCUCUUUAGCUUUUACUUCGGUUCUCCAUUCCCAGUGCUAAAUAAGACUUGGAAAUAUUAGCUAGUGGCACAAAACGCUGUAGGAGGAUUCACAUAUAAAUUAUAGCAGGUUGGUGAAGGCACAAAAGGAAAGUCAAGCCACAGUUUGGAAGUUUAUUAAGGUAAAAUACUGUUUAUCAUUGCAGGGAGAAUACUGCGUAGCUAGGAUUGGGAAAUGUAUUAAAACAUCGUAGCCAUACUGGUAAUGUGUUCUGGGUUUUUAUUUACGCAAACUGACAAAGAUAAAACUCACAUUUAGCUGUUUUUCCCAAUUAAACUUUUAAAGCCAAA